AUGUACAAUGACGAAUGGCCGAAUGGGAAGACAUCAACUAACAGAGGUCAUACUAAAGGUGAUCUUUGUCUUGAUGAUGAAAGUGGUUUUUGGUUGGUGCACAGUACCCCAGUGUUCCCAAAUUUUUCCAACGAAUCAUACAGCUGGCCAGAAAAUGCACAUGCUUAUGGACAGACUUUUUUGUGCAUGACAUUUGCAUAUGAUCAGUUCAACUACAUUGCUAGACAACUGUUAUAUUACUGGCCAUCAGUGUUUGACUACAACAUUCCCAAAUUAUUUGCUGCAAACCUUCCAGAUCUUGUACAGGUAGCCAAAGGAAAGCAUAACUCUGACCCUCCCUGGAACCGAUCCACUGAGCUAAUUUCACAAGGUGGUCAGAAGUUUCAUUGUUUUGCUAAAAGUAGUCAAUAUGGAAAAGAUAUAUUUUCAGCCUGGUUAGCUCCAUACUAUGGGGAUAACAUGUACAGUGAGACAUGGCAAAAUGGACGUGGUAAAACACCAUCUUUUUGUGGAAAACUUGAUGUAGAGAAUAUUCGUAACAUUUCUAUGCCUGAUGUAGCGUUUACUUCAACAAAAGAUCAUUCCAAGUGGGGAGUUACUACGACUAAAGAAUGGACAUGCAUUGGGGGAAUUAACCGACAUCAUGUCAAAUAUUCAUGUCUUAUGGAUAGUCAAGUGGAGCGUGGGGGUGGAUUUAUAUGCUUCAAUUUAUCAUCGGUGUGGAAAUCUUUCAGAAACCUUGUUGCAGGUGUGGAAAAGUGCAAGAAGAAGUAA